UUGUUGUGGUUUGUUUGGCCGCAGCUGUUUCUGUCCGCUGCGAAGGUUGCUCACUGAAUUAUCUUUUACUUCUUGACUUUCAUCAUCUUUAAAGCGCAUCUGUGUCAACUCUUUUUAUUCCAUGGCUUAUAACCGUGACUGGGAUAAAGGAAAGGACAACUGGGGUGACAGUGGAGCAUGGACUACUGACAGAGGAAGUAGAGGAAGGGAUGAUGAUUCCUACGGGGAUGGGAAGCGUAGGAAAUUCAACAAUGGCGGAUACGACGCGAGUAAUACCUACGAAGAACCCAGCUACGAGACCCCCUACCAUCAACAGUCUCAGGGCAGACCACAGGACUAUGAUCAUUCUCACGACGACCGGCACCAGAAAGGCUUUCAAGGCAAAAAGCGUCUGGUCCCUAGCGAACCCAGCCCCCACGUCAUCUUCCUAGGACUGGAUCCUGACUUUUCUGAGGCGGAUCUGCAGGCAUACCUGUCGAACAAUGGAUGCAACAUUGAAACGGUCACCAUAAUAAGAGACAGAUCAACAGGUAUCUCAAAGGGCUUCGGCUUUGCCCAGUUCGCGAGUGUUGAACAUGCGCGUGCAUAUGUGGAUCCCCUUUUUCCAUUUAUUCAAGUGCCUCCACCUGCCUCGCACGGCGCUUCAGCGACAGCUACAUUCUAUAAGGCGCUUGAGACCGGCAUUCCCCACAAUGGUCGACGGGUCAAGAUCGACUACUCUCAAAGUGCUUUGCCCGACAAAGCCCGUGGUCGCCAGAACAUGAACGAUGGCACGCGUGACAUUGGCAAUACCCAAGGGCCAGUGCUACUGUUCCGCGGUCUAGAUCCGCUGUCGGGGCCGCAAGCGAUUGCUCAGGCAAUGAUGAAUUCAGCAGGACCCGGGAAAAACGGAGCUAAAGGCAUGAAACGGAUUGUCCUCAUUAAAGAUAGGGUCACGUUGGCCAGCUUCGGAUUUGCAUUUGUUGAGUUUAUUGACAAUCAGUCUGCAGCUUCAGUGCUGGCCACGAGCAUGUCUCCUCAAAUUCACCCUUCAGGCUUUCGAAUCUCCGACAAGCCGGUCGCCGCUUCGUUUGCUCAUCAAUACUCAUUCCAACCAGUUGAUCAUAUGCUGCGCGACGAAACUGCAAUUCCGUCGUCUAUCAACUUAGGCGGAGUUGAAGGCGCGUUUGUAAAGUAUUGGGAUGAAUCUGCCAUGGUCGCUGUUUUGGAGUUCAAAGUGGAAGAACCUGCACAACCCCAGGUUCAACCCUUGACUGGACCCGUCAAGGAGAAGAAGGAAAGGAAGAAGAAAGAUGAUGCCUUGAACAAACCUCCUGCACCCUCCGUACUGCCCAUCUCGGAUAAACCUGUCACACUCAAUUUUAACAGAGGUGCCCUUGGAAGUAAGCUAAAUGCUUCCUUAUCGACAGCAAAGGCUCCGGGACAGCUAUCCCUUGGUUUUUCUGCUGAAGACUUCGCUGCUGACGAAGAUGACGUUGAGCCAGCAACCUCCAACGACGAUAGCAAAGUGACCGCGUCAAAGAUGGUUGCUCCACUCAUCACAAGCAAGAAGACCGUGAGCAAUAUCCAGAAAUGGAAUCAGGUUCAAGAAGAACUUAAGGAUGGCCCCAAUGCCAAUGCACUGGCCAAUCCCCCAGCUGUUGUGACACCGACGGUGGUCUCAACAGUACCAUCCAGAGCACCUUCUCCAGAACCUGUUGAAACAGAAUUCGAGUUCUCUGAUACCACUGCAUUGACAUGCUUGCUUUGCGCCCGACAGUUCAAGAGCCUUGAUCAAUUGAAGCGUCACAAUAAGGAGUCCGGUCUCCACAAGAAGAAUUUCAAGGACGCUAAUCUGAGAGAUAUUGCCCGGCAGAAAGCUGUAGCUGCUCGUCAGGCCGCCGACAAGGCUCCUGAACAGCCCAAAUAUCGUGAUCGAGCAUCAGAACGACGUAUUAUGCAUAACCAGCCCGAUGUACCUUUACCCGACAAUAUUGGCAAUGCAAUCGGUAAGAAGAGACGACACGUUGAAGGCCCGCCCCCGCCUCCUUCACCCCCGCCAGUAGUCAAUCCUGGGCAGGAUGAAACAAAUGUCGGCAACAAACUCUUAAAAAUAAUGGGUUGGAAGGAAGGUUCUGGGCUGGGCACUGAUGGCGAAGGCAGGGUGGAUCCAAUUCAAACAAACAUUUAUGCACAAGGGGUAGGCUUGGGAGCCAGCAAAGGCAGGGAGUUGGGGAAGUAUACCGAUGGUUAUGCUGGUUAUGUGCACAUGGCACAGGAUGCGGCGAGAGAAAGAUUUGGAAGCUAGUGGCUGUGUUGCUUUAAGACGUCAUCUCAGCUUGGAUAUCCUGUCCUACUCAUGAUAAUUUAUGAUUCAUAUGAUUUGUACA